GUCUCGACUACGACAUGUUAAUGUAUGAUAUAUAUAAUCUUGCACUGCCAGUAUUGUCUAUGAUGAGCUUCCAAACCCUCAGCCUCGCCCUCUGCUGGGUGCGUGGCAUGGCAAACGAACUUCUGGGAAGGCUCUCAACAGCUCGUGUUUUCCAUGCGAUCUGGGUGAAUUCCGGCUUGGAGUUUAACGUCCUUUGCAUCCUCCAGCGGGGCAACGGAUUAAUUACUAGAACCCCGUGCCUACGAGCGAGCAAUAAUUGCUUGGGUCAAAGUGUGAUUGGUUUUUGCUUCGAUACGUUUCUUAAUUGACUUGAAUCACUUCGUGCCUGAUGUCAAACGUGCACAAAGUGUGGCGGCGUG